AAAUAAAUAAAGUAAAUAGUUUUAAAGUUUAGGCGAACACUUAAAAUGCAUAUUCAAAGAAACAGUUCUCUGCGGCUGUUAGCGGUUUUUAUGCUGGUGGCAAUAAGUUCUGUAAAUUCCCUAUAUGAAGAUCAAAUAAAAAAAUUUGAUUGGAGAACUUUACAAAUCGGUGGUGUCAAUCAGGCCUUUUUGGAGUUGAAUGGAUUUCAACCACGUCUCUUAGUCAGUACCAGAGAAAAUGUAGUGGCCUCGCUAUGUCCCAAAACGGGAGAAAUUUUGUGGCGUCAAGUUUUUGAAACUGGAGCCAGGGGUAGUGUAAAAUUAUUGCAACUUUCCUCUGCAUCCGGAACUGCUGAUUCUACUGCUGCCGCUAGAGCCGGCUCUAGUCAUGGCUUCGAUAUGUUAACUGUACAGGGUCAUGCUCCUGCUUUGGUGCGUGGUUGGAAUUCAAAUACCGGUCAUUUAGAAUGGGAAUGGUCUUUAAUGCCUCUACAAACCGAAAAAGCCAUUAAUUCGCUGUGGUUUUAUCGCAAUUCCCUGCUUUAUCAUGUAUUGCCCGUGUGGCAGCACCAUCUAGAAGUGACACAAUAUUUUGCCACAUCUGGCCAAGCUACUGGCAAUACAGCUAAAAUCACAGCUCCCUGGAUAACACAAGAAAAAUGUAUUUUAGCUGGCGUGUAUUUCACCUGUGCUGAAGGUACAGAAUUGAUUAGUUUAGAUUUGACAGCCACUCAACCCCAAGUUAUUAGGAAACAACUUGGUAGUACACCAACACAACCUAUCAAGUCAUUGGAGGGUUUAAAUGGCAUUGUUGUAGUCAAUGGUAAACUUGUAACAGUUAAGGAAGAUAUGCACAGCUGUAGUGCCUUAUCUAGCCAAAGCUUCUUGUUGGGUCGUUUCAAAAAUCAAAAUGUUAUUGUAACAGCCGAGGUUAAAGACAAAACUCUUAAUAUUGAGGGUUAUUUGGCUGACACUUGUCAAUCGGUAGCAGAAUUAUCAAAUUCUGUGGCCUAUCCAGAUCACUAUGGUACACCCACUUUAAGAACAUUUGAUUGCAAAGCGAAUCGUAACAAUGAUGGCAAGGGAUGUCUUUUCAUUGUCGAUACCACAGAUGACAGUGUCUUGGCCUUACAACAAUCAAAAUUCCGUUGGACGAAAUCUGAGGCCUUGGCUAACGUUAUAGCUACCGAGUUUAUAGACUUGCCUUUGGCAGAUAGUGAGGGCGAACUAGAAAAUGAAAUGAAAGGCAAAACUGGUGUUGAUCCAAGUCUGGAGACCGACAUCCUCAGCGCUUUUAUGCACCGUUUGACCUCCCAGAUGCUGCACUUCAAAAGUAUCUUCUUACAUGUUAUGGGCUUGGGUCCUAAACCCUCUGAUACCCAAAAAGCUGGCUUGGUACGCGACUCCUUUGGUCUGCACAAAAUGUUGGUGAUUUUAACUAAAAGUGGCAAAGUCUUUGGUAUUGAUAACAUUAGCGGCAGACACCAUUGGCAAUUGUAUUUGAAUAAUGUUGAAGAGUUUGCCAAUGGCGAACAAAUGCGUUUACUCAUCCAAAGAACCAGUAAACAUUUUCCAUUACAAGCUCUCUGCACCAUUGUGGCCAGAGACAAGGCAACGGGUAAUGGUGUUUUAUAUCGUUUUAAUCCCAUUACUGGUGCUGCAGCUGAGGGUGGUCUCAUACAAUUGAAUCAUAAAAUUAGACAACUUUCUUUGUUGGCUGAAACGGAAACGGAUUUCGUUAAGGGUAUUUUAAUUAUGGAUGGCAAUAAUAAAGUUAAUGUUUAUCCCGAUCACGCUAAGUCAAAGGCUGAUGGUUUAUAUUUGUAUACCGCUGAUAAAUCAAAUUCCCAAUUGAAUGGUUUCUAUGUUAAAUUUGCCCAUAAUCAAUUAUCUACGGUACCUUUGUGGAAUGUGGACUUGGGCGGUCAUGCUGGCGAUCAUAAAAUCAUUACUGUGGCUUCGAAAAAUCCCAUUGAAACAGUUCAUUCCCAGGGUCGCGUUAUGCCCGAUCGUUCGGUGUUGUACAAAUACAUUAAUCCAAAUUUGGUGGCUGUUUUCACUCAGGCUACUGAUAGUAUACAUAAAUAUUUGCUUAAUGUUUAUUUGGUGGAUGUUGUCUCCGGUUCGAUUGUCUUCUCCAUGAUGCAUCGCAAAGUUCGUCCUCCCCUGCAUGUUGUGCAUUCGGAAAAUUGGUUGGCAUAUGCCCAUUACAAUGACAAAGUUAGACGCACUGAAAUAACUACUAUUGAAUUAUAUGAAGGUAAAACACAAGCUAAUAGCACCGUCUGGAGUUCUUUAAAUGCACCACCUAUGCCUCUAGUGGAACGUCAAUCCUACAUUAUACCCACAAGUGUGUCAGCCAUGCGUGAAACCAUUACCGAAAGAGGCAUUACCAGUAAAGAUGUUUUAAUUGGUACUACCAGUGGUUCUAUAGUUGAGCUGCCUUGGGCUUUGCUAGAUCCACGACGACCUAUUUCAUCUUCUUCGAAUGGUCGCGAUGAGGGAGCUAUGCCCUACAUUCCAGAAUUACCGCUGCCCACAGAGAAUAUGAUAAAUUAUAAUCAAACUAUAGCGAGAUUACGUUAUAUUUAUACAGCUCCCAGUGGUUUGGAAAGUACCUGUUUGGUAGUAGCAGCAGGUUUAGAUUUAUUUGUUACGCGCAUUGCACCUUCAAAAACUUUCGAUUUGCUUAAGGAAGAUUUUGAUUAUAUAUUAAUAUCCGUUGUUUUGGUAGUUUUAACAUCAGGUUCUUUGGUGGCCAAACAUUUAGCAUCGCGCAAAUCCAUUAAACAAGCAUGGAAGUAGUUUAUUAUUAUUAUUUUUUAACUUAAAUAAAUGUAAUGUAAUUGAAAAACAAAACAUAACAUAACAACAACAACCCUAAACAAACAAAGUAUCAUCGACUUUGGAGCAGCAUUAAAUAUUAAAUCAAUUCAGAUUUUAUAUAUAAAAGUUAUAUAGGAAAAUUAUAAACAUUAAUUUUUAUUACUUUCUGUUUUUUUUUUCAUUUAAUUUCAUUUUUCAUGUUUGUUUUUCAAUAGUUAAAUGUGCGUACUAAAUUUUUGUUUUAUUUUUGUCAUGUUUCCACAAAAAAGCUUUAAAUCUUUUAAAGUUUUUCCUUAAUCAAUAUUUUAUAAUUAAAUGCAUUUUCGUUUAGCUCUUCUUUAGUUUCUUAAUACAUUUUUGAAUUGCUUUUAAAAUAAAAGAAGGUCAAAUACAGCAGUCAUUAAAUUAAUAUUUAAUAAAGUUUGUAUAGAUUUAAUUUAAUUUAAAAUAAAAUAAUUAUAAAAAAUACAAAAAGAAAAAUCAUAUACAUAUAAAAAUAAAUAAAAUGAAAAGGGAGUAAAACUGUGUAAAAACA